GCUCGAGGGCGAGGUGCUCCGGGCACUCGCCGCUCGCUCGGGCACGGUGGUCGCGGCCGUCGGCGGCGGAGAGGACUGCGUGCGCCCCGGGCUGUGCCUGGUCACGUACCCGGGGCCUCCCGCGCACCAGGACCACCCCAGCGAGCUGUGCCUGCGCGGCGGCUGCGGCGAGCCCGUGUUCCUCGACUCGACCCCGGAGGGCGGCCGCGCCGCGGCGGCGGGCGCCUGCGAGGGCUUCGAGCUGAUCCGCCUGGAGCGCUGGGAGCGGGCGCCCGCGCCGGGCAGGUGGGUGCCCGACGAGGGCUUCCGCGAGCUGGGGCCGGGCUCGGUCCUGGCGGAGGUGCGCCUCAGGCUGCCGGCGCGGCUGCUGCUGAGGAGCCCGCUGCACGACCUGCCGCCGUUCCCAGAGCGCCGGCUGGCCGCGAAGCUGGGCCUGAGCCGGAUCAGGGAGGCGCACCUGCACCGCCUGCUCGAUGAGCUCGGCUCGAGCUGGGCCAGGGAGGACGUGAGGACGGAGGACGAGAUGUGUGAGCUGCUGGCCUGCUGCGACGAGCAGCUGCGCGUGACCCGGCCGGUGCGCAUCGGCCGCGCCCGGAUAGAGGCCGGGUCGCGGGUGCGGCGCGCUGGCUGCGCUGCCGACGGCGCGCUGCGCCAGGGUCUCACGCUGGGCGCCCUGCAGGAGAUGCCGCUACCCGCGAAGGUUGAGUUCAUCCGGCUGCGCCAGUUCCAGCGCGCCCUUGAGCGUGCCGGCAUCGUCUGGCUGGACAGCUCCCAUCGCAGCUCGAGCUCAUGGGCGCGCUCGUGCCGUCCCCCGAGGAGCUCGAGGAGCACGGGGAGGACGCCUGGCGGGCCAUGGUCGGGGAGGUGUGGGUCAUCGACUCCCGGGGCCUCUUCACCCACAUCCCACGUCUGA